GGCCCAAAAAUUAAUAUUUCUUUUUAUUUUGGCGUUUUGGUGCGCCGGUUUAGGGCUAAUAGACGUCGCGGACAAAUUACACAUUUAUGGCUAUCAUUGCCAAAUUGCAACAUAUUUUAAGUUUCCGCGGCAAAGGAACUCGGAAUUUGAUAAGAGAGGGAAUGAGCAAGAGGCCGACGCCUGAUCCUGUGGCGGUGCUCAGGGGCCAUCGAGCUUCUGUCAUGGACGCUUCCUUUCACCCUUCUAGACCUUUACUCUUCACUGGCUCUGCGGAUGGCGAGUUGCGGAUAUGGGACACGGUCCAGCAUCGAACAGUAUCAUCUGCAUGUCUGCAUAGUGCUGCUCACGGGAUUAUUUGCGUUGCUAGUAGUCCUUUGAUUGGAGCCAACAAAGUUAUCAGCCAGGGCAGGGACGGAACCGUCAAAUGUUGGGAUAUUGAAGACGGAGGGCUGUCCAGGAAUCCUUCUGUUACAAUCAAGACAAACACUUAUCACUUUUGCAAGCUUUCCCUGGUGAAGAAGCCUUCUGCUCAUGCACUGCAAGCUGAAGGGCAUAGUUAUCAUGACGAGACAGAGUUUAGGGGAACCUUUGACUUAGAAAGUCUGGAUGAUAGCAAGGAAAAGGCUGAAAGAGGUCUAACAGAGUGUUCCAAUGUUGUUAGAGAAGAUACACAUGCUGAAGGAUCAAACUAUGUGGCUAUAGCAGGAGAGCAAUCACAUGAGGUCGAAGUUUGGGAUCUCAAUACUGCGGAAAGGCUUGUUCAACUCCCUCAAAGUUCAGUUGGUGGCUCCCCUAACAUUUCUACCAGUGAGAGAGGGAUGUGCAUGGCGGUUCAAGCAUUUUUACCUACUGAAUCACAGGGAUCCUUAAAUGUCUUGGCUGGUUAUGAAGAUGGUUCCAUGCUUUGGUGGGAUAUACGGAACCCAGGAGUUCCUGUUACUUCAAUAAAGUUCCACUCAGAGCCAGUUCUAAGCAUAUCCAUUGAUGAGUCAUGUAGAGGGGGUAUCUCAGGAGCUGCAGAUAACAAGAUUGUGAUGUAUGGUUUGGAUCAUUCCAUGGGUUCUUGUGUGGUCAAGAAAGAAAUUAGUUUGGAACGACCUGGUAUAUCAGGCACCUCAAUUCGACCUGAUGGGAAAAUUGCUGCUACAGCUGGUUGGGACCAUAGAGUAAGGAUAUAUAAUUACCACAAAGGAAAUGCUCUGGCAAUAUUGAAAUAUCACCAUGCUACGUGCAACACUGUUUCAUACUCGUCUGAUUCUAAGUUAAUGGCCUCUGCAUCAGAAGACAGGACAGUUGCGCUCUGGGAACUUUACCCUCCAAAAACAUGAACGGUGCCAGGUAGUUGCUAGCUAGGGUUCUUAGUCACUGAUCUCAUUUCAUGUUCAAUGUGUUGGAUACAAAGAGUCCAUUCUCCAUAUCCUUAAAAUAUUUUUAUUUUAUUUUC